AUGUUCAAUAAACGGGAAAGUGGCAAAUUCGACAAAGUUUCUCAUCUUGCCACAUUACCAGGGAUAGAAUUUUCAUCUCCUAAAGAUUUUCAUCUCUUCAAGUUUGUGGAACUUGUUUUUCAUCAGAUUAUUGAGGCACUAAAAAAUGAUAAAACUCAUAUGGUUGGCUUGUAUGGCAUGGGUGGAGCGGGUAAGACAACCUUAGCAAAAGCAGAGGGUAAGAAAGUCAAAGAAGCGGAAAUUUUUUAUGAGAUUGUGGUCAUUGUUGUAUCCCAAGCUCCAAACUUCAAAAAUAUUCAAGGUGACGUUGCAGACUCAUUAGGUAUGAAAUUGGAGGAGGAAGGCGAAGAAGGAAGAGCAAAGCGUUUGCAUUUGAGAUUUGUGGAGACUAAAAAGAAGAUCCUCAUAAUCUUAGAUGAUGUUUGGAAAAAAUUUGACUUGAAAUCUAAGAUAGGAAUUCCUUUUGGCGAUGAUCUCAAAGGUUGCAAAAUCCUUCUAACAACUCGCAGACAAAACGUAUGUAUUGGUAUGAGGUGUCAGGCAGGAAUUCUUCUGAAUGAACUAAAUGAAGAUGAAGGAUUGAUUUUACUUAAAAAGCAUGCAGGUAUACUUGAUGAUGAAUCCCAUCCAUUGAAUGAUCUAGCGGUCAAAGUUGCUAAAGAAUGCAAGGGAUUGCCAUUAGCAAUUGUAACUAUGGGGAGUGCUUUAAAAGAAAAGGGCAUUGAUGAAUGGACACUUGUGUUUGAGAAGUUAAAAAAGUCAAAACUUGUGGAUAUACGUAAGGACAUUGAUGUUGAUGAGGAUGUGUAUGCUAUUCUCAAGAUCAGCUAUGAUUAUUUGGAGGGUAAAAAAACCAAGUUAUGUUUUUUGUUGUGUUCGUUAUUUCUUGAAGAUUAUAAAAUUCCUUUGGAAGAAUUGGUUAGAUAUGGAAUGGGGCUAGGUUUUUUUCCAGAUGUAGACUCAAUUGAACAAGCGAGGAGUCAACUGCGAGUAAUGGUUAAUAAGCUCAAAGCUUCUUGGUUGUUAACAGAUGCUAGUGAAGAGGGAUUUGUAAAAAUGCAUGAUGUGGUUCGUGAUGUUGCCUUGGGAAUAGCAUCCAGAGGAGAUAAUGUAUUUCUUGUUAAAGCUGGCUUGGGAUUGACAGAGUGGCCAAAGGAGGGAAGGCACCUUGGACAAUAUACUGCAAUCUCCUUAAUGGACAACAAAAUAAGCAUGCUUCCUGAUCAAUUGGUGUGUCCAAAGCUCGAAACUUUGUCAUUGUCUCGUCAAAAGUAUUAUGAGCGACGCCGCAACAUUGAAGUUUCAAACCAUUUUUUUGAAGAGAUGAAAGUACUAAAAAAUGUAAGUCUAAGUUAUGUGAACCUGUCAUUAAAAUCACUUAAGUUCUUGACAGAUCUCAAAACUCUAGAGCUGAUUGUUUGCAAUUUGAGAGACAUCUCUUCCCUCGAACAUCUUGCCAGAUUUGAAAUUCUUAGUUUAAGAGGUUCACUGUUUGACGAAUUUCCAAAAGAACUUGGGGCACUCACUGAAUUAAGAUUGCUUGAUUUAAGUAACUGUCGUCACGUAAAGAGAAUUUCUUCCAAUGUGAUAAAGAGAUUUUCUCAGCUAGAAGAAUUAUAUGUGGGUCACUCCUUUGACAAAUGGGAAGAAGAAGAGACGAGUGUAGAAGGCAGCAAUGCUAGUCCUUCUGAGUUGAAUUCUCUAUCCAAUUUGAUUGUACUAUUUUUGAAAAUAAAUGCUAAAUGUCUUUCGAGAGACUUGGUUUUUAUUUUCAACAAAUUGGUAAGAUAUGACAUUAGUGUGAACACUGAUUCAGAGUUUUCUACAUUAGAAUCAAGAAAAUGA